CGGAGAGCCACCAUCUGCCCUCCACCUGCUCCCACUCCCGCACAUGGCAAGAGUGGCGACCCUGCUGCCACAAGCGCAUUUUGGUUGCCAGUACCGCGCCUCUCCCCUUGUCUCCAGUCCUCUGCCUCCUUCGUUGCUCGCUCUGCCGCCUUGACUCAUACAUACUCGCGGAUGUUUGACUCGUCGCCGCCCUCGAGUCCGGGCCAGGAGAACACCUGGCCGCCUCCCCCGGCGGAGUACCCCGCUCUUCCGCCAUCCGCCCUCGGAGGCGCCACAGCCAUGGACCCCUCGGCCGAGCGGGAUUCCUCGAGCGAGGAGGAGUUGGAUUACAUGUCGGACGCGGUGCUCCAGGCCGCUGAAGAUGCCUUGCAGAAGUCCCGGUCGCUGACCGGGCGACGCCCCGCCAAAAUGGUCACCAAAAAGCGCGGCCCAGCGCGCACGCUGCCCCUGGCCGAGCGAGCCAUGGACGCCCUCCGCGAUGGCAUGCAGAAGCCCCUGCAGAGCGACAACAAGGGCUUCAGACUGCUGUAUGGAGAAACGGCCCCGAAGCCCGGAGGCGAUUCCAUCUUUUCCGGAGUGGUGGGAGCCCCGCCUGGCGGCGCCUCCUCAAGUGCCAUCCCCCCUGCGCCCAUCCAGGUAGACCUCGAUCGGUUUGAACUGGGCCAUCGUCUGGGGCUGGGCUUUGGCAUGGACGAACUGGCCGCGCCGUUUGUGGCCGACGCGGCGGCCGAUUCCUCCAUGCCCGCCGAACCGGCACACUAUGCCGAGCGGGUUUUCCAGGCUCGAAGCUCCCGGCAGGACGCCAACGAUGAGCGCGCCGCCCGUAAGCUGUGCUUCCGUCUGGACCUGAAGCAGAACAUCCCACCAUCGUGUCUCUGGCCGAUCCUCUGGGCGAAAAGAUUCACCUCAGUGCAGGAGAUCCCAACGCCUCCGGACACCUGCCUCCACUGCGAUGUCGCCUCCGGCCCAGGAAGCCCAGCCCCCGGGGAGGUGGCUCCCCCCACCGAAGCCAAUGGUCGGGCUUCCCCCCGGGACUCCGAAGGCGAGGCCGAUGCCCCGUCGGAGAUUGGCGAGCCGGCCGCGCUCUCGAAGGCCGACAUGCUUGCCACCGCCCCGGAAGUUGCCACUGUGGCCACUGCCCAGGGUGGAACUGCCAGUGAUAUGCCCGAAGCCAGCAUGGGGGCCGCCCCGUCGGAGCCUUUGCCUGGAGACCCGCCCACUGCCACCGGGCCGCCAUGCCGCAUCGGAGUAUCCGGAUGCUCGGUCUUCGAGGCGCUUGAGGUGGCGGAUCGCCUGAGCGAGGUGAAUGAACAUCUUCGCAGGCGUCACACAUUUUGCAUCUGGUGCAUGGAUCACUUCGAGCCGGCGGACUCUCCCGGGGGAUCCAGCCGAUCACAGUGUCCGGGCCCGACUCGAGACCUCCACUUCCAAUAGAUACCUCUCCCCCUGUGACCCAAUUGCCGGCAAGUCCGGGAUGAUGGAGAAGACAAGAAGCGACAGGCA